GGUCUUCCCCGCAUCGCUUCGGCGUCCCGUUUCUCUACCCCUCAAGUCUCGUAUCGCGCAAUUACGCGAUUGUCCCUCAUCCAGUCUCAAUUUCUCCCCCGAUCAUCUUUAGUCGCACAUCGCUCGUCUCUCCGUACCCACGUCACCAUGCCUCCCCUCUCAACCAUGAAAGCCAUCGUCACUGAGAAAACCGGCGGCCCUGAGGUCCUUGAAGUCCGAACCCACCACCCGGUCCCCACCGCAUCAGAAGGCCAGCUGCUCGUGAAGAACCAGAUUAUUGGAAUCAAUUAUAUCGACACCUACUUCCGCACUGGCCUCUACCCAUCCUCCAAGCCUGAAAUCCUAGGCCGGGAGGCCGUCGGCGAAGUCGUGGCCGUCGGUCCCGGUGCCAAUCCUUACAACUUCCAGAUUGGCGAUCGCGUGGCUUGGCUAUCCACCGGCUCGUACGCAGAGUACACUGCUGUCCCGCAGGCGUUCGCAGUCAAGGUUCCUGAGGGGAUAUCGAAUGAGGAUGUCAUGGGUUCCUUUUUGAGCGGGCUGACAGUGUUGACGCUCGCGAAGGAGACGUAUCCCGUCCAGAGAGGGGAUUGGGUGCUGCUUCAUGCUGCUGCAGGUGGUGCUGGAUUUCUCAUGACGCAGGUUCUGAAGAGCAUUGGUGCUAUUGUCAUUGGGACGGCAGGAGGACCGGAGAAGGUUGAGCUUGUUAAGAGCUUAGGUGCGGAUUAUGUGAUUGAUUAUCGUAGUGAAGAGGGCAAAGAUUGGGUUAAGAAGGUCAAGGAGAUUACGAAUGGCAGGGGUGUUGAUGUUGUCUAUGAUUCAGUUGGCAAGGAUACAUGGGAAGGCAGCUUAGAGGCUGUUAAGAGGAAGGGAAUGAUUGUCUGGUUCGGAAAUGCCAGUGGCCCGGUUCCUCCCCUACCUUUAGCCAAACUAAGCCCCAAGUGUGUCAAGGUAGCUCGUCCACAGUUGUUUGGCUACAUCCAGGCUAGAGAGGAAUUCGAGUUCUAUGUCAAUGAGUUGUUCAAUAUGCUCAAGUCUGGCAACCUCAAGGUGAAAAUCCACAAAGUGUAUCCUUUGGAACAGGUUGCCGAAGCACACAGUGAUCUAGAGGGACGGAAGACGACAGGAAAGUUGCUCUUGAAGGCGUAA